GUAGUUUCCGCGUUGUCUCCACAAUGCGAGUCACGGCCGCCAUGGCCGCGUCUGCUUUUCGAUGGGUACCCUCUUCUUCAAUCGAUUUCCCGUCCUAACGUUUCCCGACACGAUGUCGCUGCUCACACGCGACUAAUUCAGGGUCACUUGCGGUCAAUCUUGUGUAUAUUGGCUCGAACAUCCAUAAACUCAUCGUCAGACCAUUACGGCGCUCGUUCAGGCGAUUCAGGCUCCGAGCCUCUACCUCGCUUCAGGAAAGGUCGUACAUUGACCGAAAGGGCACGCACUCUUGUCCGCUAGCAGUUUUCCAGAUCAUCUUUCCCUCGCACAACGGCACGCCUGUAUACCAACUUCGAGCUAUCCCGUGAGACAGCAUGGCUCUCCAACAGUCCCUCUUUGCAUUCCUGCUCAUGGCCCUUGCCUUCCUCAGCCCCGUUGUCUCUGCCAUACAGGAAGGAUACGUAGUUGGGACGAUCGGUGGCCAGGAAUACCUCGUUAAGGAUGACCGAAGACCCUCGCUUUACACUCAGGAUUUCGGCGACUGCAUGGGCGGCAGCAGUAUCAACGUCACUCGUUUCGACGCUGCAUACUACAAGGAUAACAUGACUAUACUUUUCCACCUUGGUGGAGAGACAGACUUGAAGAACGAAACUAUCAUGAUGUACAUCGGUGUUUUUGCAUACGGAGAAUCGCGAUUCGACCUAACUUUCAACCCAUGCACUGCGAAUAUCAAGAGCGCAUGUCCAAUUCUGGCCGGAACGCCCAUUGAUGCGAGCGGCAUCAUACCUAUCAGCCAGAACGACGUCGCCGGCAUUCCAUCAAUCGCUUUGUCUAUCCCAGAUUUCGAGGGCCAAGCCAUCCUGAGAAUCUUCUCGAAUGCUACCCGAAGCCAGAUUGGCUGCUACUCCGGCGUCGUGACCAACGGGAGUUCGUUCUCCCAGCCAGCAUGGGUCAGUUCCAUUCUCGGGGCAUUCACCAUUAUUGCCAUCAUAGCCUCUUUCGCCACUGCCAUUUACGGAGAAAAUUUUCCAGAGAUGCGGAAACAUUAUGCUCACUCCUUUUCGGUGCUGGUCGUCUUUGCCGUGUGGCAGCACGUUUUCUUCAGCGGUGCGCUCUCCAUGAAUUGGCCCAGCGUGCUUGUCGCCUUUUGGAGCAACUAUGCCUGGGCAGGUGGUAUGAUUUACGCGGAGGUUAUGCAGAACACGAUCAAUGAUUUCAUUGGAAGCAACAAGGGCAAUACCUCGCACGUGGGUGCAGCCGGAACUGGUGUUGCGAAUCCAAGCCUCGGUGGUGGCUUCGAUGUCCAGAAGAUCUACAGUCGGCGUGUGCCCUCCAGAAUCCCCAGUGUUCUUGGGUCAGACGAACCUUUUGUCGAUCGAUUUAGGCAGUUGAUAACCAAGAGGGAGGCCCUCGAAAGAUUAAUGUCGAAAAGGGAUUCCGCAGGUAACUCAAGUGCCUCUUCAUGGUAUGGCCACCCUGUCAAGCCUGGCCUUCCGCUUCCGGGCAACUUUUCGGGGUUUUCGGGCACGCUCGCCCAAGAGAACAUACCUGCUUCAAACGCUUUCAUGACAGGCUUCUUAUGGUUUCUGGUCCUCGUUGCUGGAGUUUUUGCUUCAGUCGUCACUUUCAAAGUUCUGCUUGAAGGACUGAGUUCGAUGAAAAUGAUGAGACGCAAUCGAUUAGUAUACUUUCGGAGGCAUUGGCUCGGAUACACCGUCCUUACUAUUCUCCGUACACUCUUCAUUGGCUUCUUCAUGCUCAUGUUCCUCACACUUUUCCAAUUCAGCUACCUCGGCUCAACUGGACCUGUCGCUAUCGCUGCAGUCGUCUUCCUCAUCAUGCUGCUUGGCUUGGGUGGUCUGGUUGGGUAUGCGUGCUUCCACAUAAUCAAGUUUGGAUAUUAUGCAUCCGAACCAGACCAACUGAAUGUUGAAAAGAGAAGGUUGCUCAAAGUGAUUCCCUGGUACAGACUGGAGCGAAACAGCAACUUCCCCCGCUCGGAGGACAAGACAUAUGCGGGCUCAAUCCGAUGGUGGAGAGUCAGCCCCGCGUCCGAAGAGAAGUCGGUGCAUGAUGAUGACGAGUACACAAAAAGAUUUGGAUGGCUUGCCGCCCGCUUUCGUAGAACAAGGUGGUGGUUCUUCGUUGUCUGGCUGGUUUACGAAUUUGCACGAGCGUGUUUCCUGGCUGGAGCAUCGGGUUCGCCAAUGGUGCAGGUUUUCGGUCUGCUUGCAGUCGAAUUUAUCGCGUUCGUCGGGCUGAUCAUCCUCCGUCCGUUCGAAGGUCAGCGACUGAACAUUAUUGCCGUUUACUUUCUUGGAUUCAGCAAAGUUGUGACGGUCGCCCUAUCCGCUGCAUUCGACGUCCGUUUCGGGCUUCCGCGAAUCACGGCAACAGCCGUUGGCAUUGUGAUUAUUGUCGUCCAAGGUCUUCUUACCAUUGCAGUCCUGAUAUGUAUCAUCCUAGGAGCCAUCUCGAGCUACAUGUCGGUGACGCGUAAUCGCGACACAUUCCAUCCCCGGCGGUUGGUGCCUCUUCGCGGAAGAUAUCUGGAUCACCUGGACUUGAAGGCGAAGGAUAUUCCGCGGCCGCCGAAAGACAAGCCAGAACCUGUAACAACACCCAUCGUGGUCGAACCGGAGAUCCCGAAAGAGCCCUACUUCACUGUCAGCAGCGUCCGGCGAAUGGCGAAGGUUGAAGAUGAGGAUGAAGAAUUCAUGAACGAGAUCAGCGGCGAAGCCUCGCAGUUGACUCUGGCCAAAACUAGCCGUGAUUCGUUGAGUGGCACCCCAGUCGGCCAUCGAAGGUCUCCAAGCAUCCGAUCGAACAUGUCAUACUCGAGUCUGCCGUACGGUGCGCGCGUGCAUCGUGCAAGCUGGAGCGCUCAGGACUUUUCGGAACACCCUGGUCCGAAGCGUCCGAGAACGUUGAGCAAUCCUUUGUACGGCCCGGAAGAAAGUCGAUGCAUGAGUGGUCCACCUCCGCUGGUGACCCGAAUUUCAAGCGGGGAAACCGUCUCACGGCAGCUGAGCCCACUCAGCAGUGAUGUUAGUCGAUCCGUCACGCCAGUGGAAUCCCCAACCCUCGGAGAUGGUACUGUUAAUUCUAUCCCGAGGCCUAAGAGUACACCGAGAGGCAGGAUGUCAGAUGGAUCGAGACUGCAGCUACAAACGCUAAUCAGCGAGUCUCAUAUCCCAACACUUGCGGGUUCCUUGAAUGCCGCAAAUGUGACGGAAGCAUCGCGGCGGGGAGGAAAGAAGACUGUUGAAAGCGGGGGAGGGAAUUGAUCAUGAGCACAUCCUCGGAUCAUCAGCUCUACCAAAACCUACGAAUAACGACACGGCACGAAACGAAACGAAAAAAAAUUGAUCGUGGAGACUU